CUUAAUACUGGUGAAAGCUAGGUGACUAGCUUUCGCUGGUAUUAUUUGUAGCUGAAGCAUAGUACUAGAAACAGACUGAUUUUGUAGACGGUAAUACUUUAUUUCUUAAUUUUGAUAAUUUAAAGAAGAAACAUAACUCUUACAUUAUGGACAGUGAUGAAGAUGGAGACAAUGAAAGAGUUAUUUCUUUAACUCAUUUAUUGUUUGGUAACAUUGAUGAUGAUGGCCAGUUAGAAAAUGAUUUCCUGGAUCCAGAAAGCAUACGCCAUCUGGACCAAUUAAGGCAACUUGGAAUUGGAACGCAAUUGAAGGAAAUAACUGAUGAUGUUGAUUCUUCUGAUUUGGAUCAAAAAGAUUACAAUGAUCAUGAGGAGUGUACUGUGAAAUCUCCAUCGGCUGUAGACUAUUCAGACAUUACAGAGCUUGCAGAUGAAAUUGAUGAAAUGGAUGUGGAUAAAGCAUCAACGCCUUCAGUGUCAAUUAAAAUAAAAGAAGAAAGAAAUGAGAAUGACGAAGAUUUCGAUGAAAAUGAUGUUGAUAUAAAGCCAAGUGACUCCGAUUUGAUGCCACCUCCAGCUUUACCACCUCCGAAAGAUAGUAAUGACAACUAUAUUGAUUCAAAUGUUUCUGUUGGUAUGCAUAUCAAGUCUGAAGCUAACAUUAAAGAGCAAGAAAGUAGUAAUUCUACUUUCCCUAAGACUUCUAGAGUGGAAACUGCUGAAAAGAAACUCGAUACUCCUCUUGCUGCAAUGCUUCCAUCAAAAUAUAAGAAUAUGGAUGUCACGAAAUUGUUUCCUGAAUUCAGACAUGGACAAGUUUUAAGAUUUUCACGUCUUUUUGGACCGGGAAAACCAACCAGUUUACCUCAAAUUUGGAGAGGUGUUAAGAAAAAGAAAAAGAAGAAAACUGUUGAAGAAUCUUCAAAUGUUCAUAAAUUUGCAAAAGGUUUGACUCUAAAUAUCUCAUCAUCGCCUCCUCCUCCUGAGGAAUGUGAAUCUGAUGACGAAAUGAAACUGUUGAAACCUGAAGAAAAAAAUAGACUAGGAACAAAAAAUGAAUCCUACAAAUCAAAUGAGCUAUCUCCAGGUUUUGCUGCUUGGAGAUAUGGACCUUCACAGUUGUGGUAUGACAUGCUGAAUGUGCCCGAAAGUGGCGAAGGAUUUGAUUAUGGAUUUCGAUUGAAAGAGUCAUCUGAUUCAGAAGAAGGAGUGUCUAAAAGUGAUGCAGUUUUUGAUGAGUUACCUGAUGAUGCCUUCUUUAUGGUGACUCAACAUAAUUGGGAAGAUGAUAUUAUUUGGAAUGGUGAAGAAGUAAAAACUAAGGUGCUUGCUAAACUCAAUAAUCGAAAUAAUGCAGCUGGUUGGGUUCCAUCUAGCCAUAACCGUACAGCAUCAGCAUUUAGUGAGCAGGAAUGUGAAUACAAUGAAGAUAAAGAUGAAACAUGGUGGUCAAUUUUUCCUGUUGAAAAUGAAGAUCUAAUUCAUGGAAAUUGGGAAGAUGAUGUUAUAUGGAAUAGUGAGGCUAUGACAAAAAUUCCUGAACCAAAGGUUUUGACUCUUGAUCCAAAUGAUGAAAACAUAAUUUUGGGCAUACCAGAUGACCCAGACCCUAAUUCAAUAGCAUCAAAUGAGCCGGUGAAGGAAAAGAAGGAUAUGGUUAGAAAAUCUCGCAUUCUUUUGGGAAAGGCAGGUGUCAUAUCUGAACCUGAACCUCCGAGUCCACCUCCUCCACAGAGCAAAGAAAAGGACCAAUUUAAUAUUUCUAAUGAUGAAUACUAUAAUCCGAAAAUGACUCAAGAUACUGCUUUGAAACCUAAUGUUGGUGGCAAUCUUAUUCAGCAUUCAAUACCUGCAAUUGAGUUACUCCCACCUUUCUUUCCAACUCACAUGGGUCCUUUAAAACUGAAGCAUUUCCACCGACCGCCUCUCAAACGCUUUUCACAUGGCCCUCUUGCUCAACCUGGAUUUCAUGGCGUCAUUCCUCUGCUGAAGCAUAUCAAGAGAAAAGCAAAGCUUCGUGAGCAGGAAAGAGAAGCUUCAGGCGGAGGUGAAAUGUUUUUUAUGAGAACUCCAGAUGAUUUAACUGGAAGGGAUGGUGAAUUAAUUUUAGCUGAAUAUGCAGAAGAGCAUCCACCUCUCAUCAUGCAAGUUGGCAUGGCUACAAAGAUACGGAACUACUACAAAAGAAAACCAGGAAAGGAUACUGGAGCCCCUGAAUAUAAAUAUGGGGAAACUGCUUAUUCUCAUACGUCCCCAUUUCUUGGAUCUUUGGCCCCAGGUCAGAGCCUUCAGGCAUUUGAAAAUAAUCUUUUUCGAUCACCCAUAUACCAGCAUGAGUUGCCGGAUACUGAUUUUAUUAUUAUUCGGACUAGACAGCAUUAUUACAUCAGAGAAGUUGAAACUAUUUUUACUGUUGGACAACAACUGCCAUUAUUUGAAGUUCCUGGACCAAAUUCAAAGAAAGCAAAUAAUUUCAUUCGUGAUUUCUUACAAGUGUUUAUUUAUAGACUAUUUUGGAACAGCAAAGAUAAUCCACGUCGAAUAAAAAUGGAGGAUAUCAAGAAGGCCUUUCCUUCACAUUCAGAAAGUAGCAUUCGGAAACGUUUAAAGCUUUGUGCAGAUUUCAAGCGAACAGGCAUUGAUUCGAACUGGUGGGUUCUGAAAAAUGAAUUUCGACUUCCUACUGAAGAUGAAAUCAGAGCUAUGGUAUCCCCAGAGCAGUGCUGCGCUUAUUAUGGAAUGCUUGCUGCUGAAGAAAGAUUGAAAGAAGCUGGCUAUGGUAAGAAAUCAUUAUUUGCACCAGAAGAUGAAAAUGAUGAAGAAAUGGAGAUGAAAAUGGAUGAUGAAGUCAAAGCUGCUCCUUGGAAUACGACCAGAGCUUUUAUAUCUGCUAUGAAAGGAAAAUGUUUACUCCAACUUACUGGUGUUGCUGAUCCCACUGGUUGUGGAGAAGGGUUUUCAUAUGUUCGAGUUCCCAACAAACCUCAGCAAUCUAAAGAAGAAUGUAGCAGUCAAACUCCUGCAAAGAAAACUGUUACUGGAACCGACGCUGAUCUACGACGUCUUUCCUUGAGUAACGCUAAGCAACUGUUACGGAAAUUUAAUGUUCCUGAAGAAGAGAUAAAAAAGCUAUCCCGUUGGGAGGUAAUAGAUGUCGUACGUACUUUAUCAACUGAGCAAGCCAAAGCUGGAGAAGAAGCUAUGAGUAAAUUUGCUCGUGGAAAUCGGUUUAGCAUAGCAGAACAUCAGGAGCGUUACAAAGAAGACUGUCAACGAAUCUUCGAUUUACAAAAUAGAGUUUUGGCUUCAAACGAAGUAUUGUCAACUGAUGAAGACUCUAGUUCUGACGAUGAUUCAGACAUUGAAGAAAUGGGAAAAAACAUUGAAAAUAUGCUGUCCAGUAAAAAAACUAGUUCUCAGUUAUCUCAUGAAAGGGAAGAAGCUGAGAGACGAGAAUUGCAGAAAUUGAUUUUAGGAGAAGAUAGUGUAAAUGACGAUAGGCGUAAAAGAGACAAAGAUAAAUCAAAAAUUGAUAAAGAAGAUGACAGUGCAUCCUUAGGAAGUACAGGAUCUAAUUCUAAUGGCAGAAUACUGAAAAUUUAUCGAACUUUCAAGAACCCUGAUGGUAAAGAAUUUGUUCGAAUUGAAACUGUACGAAAGCCUGCUGUAAUUGACACUUACGUUCGAAUUCGAACCACUAAAGAUCCGGCAUUCAUAAAGCAGUUUGCUUCUACUUUGGAUGAACAUCAAAAAGAAGAAAUACGCAAAGAAAGAAGAAGAAUUCAGGAACAGCUAAGAAGGUUGAAACGUAAUGCAGAAAAAGAAAAACAAGUGCCACCGAAAAAGAAACCAAAGAAAGAACCCCCUCUGCUAAAACUGAAAUGUGGAGCUUGUGGAGCAAUUGGUCAUAUGCGAACAAAUAAAACAUGUCCUCUUUAUCAACCAGCUGCACCCAUUCCACCUGUUCAAGUAGCUAUGACAGAAGAAGAAGAGGAAGAACAAGAAAGAGCUGGGUUAGAGGACGAUAACCUUGUAAAAGUGGAUGAAACAAAAGUUGUUUUAUCGAAGCAGUUGGUGAAACAUGCAGAUGAAAUUCGAAGAAAAUCUCUUGUUCUUAAAUUUCCCAAAGAAGCAGUGGCUUUGAAGAAAAGGCGACGAGCUGGAACAGUGAUGCACUGUGAUUACCUGAAGAAGCCUCACAAGCUUGUGAAUCGUCAAAGGACUGAUCCAGUUGUUGCAUUGUCAAUAAUAUUGGAAAGUGUAUUGAAUGAAAUGCGUGACCUACCUGACACUCAGCCAUUUUGGUUUCCGGUUAGUGCUAAAAAUGUGCCAGAUUACCAUCGUAUUGUUCAUAGAGCUAUGGACCUUCAGACAAUGAGGGAAAAACUUCACCAAAGAAAAUAUCGUAGUAGGGAAGAGUUUCUACAAGAUGUGAAUCAAAUAGUAGAUAACAGUAGCAUUUACAAUGGAGCAAAGAGCCCUCUUACUCAAACAGCUCAUAAAAUGCUUGAGCAUUGUUUAAGAAGAUUUGCUGACAAAGAGGAGAAAUUAAUGCGACUAGAGAAAGCUAUUAACCCCCUUUUAGAUGACAACGACCAAGUUGCCUUCUCUUUCAUACUUGAAUCCAUUGUAACCCAAGAUUUAAAGUCAAUUCCAGAAUCUUGGCCAUUUCAUAAGCCCGUGAGCAAGAAGUUCGUCAAGGAAUAUUACAGUGUAAUUAAAAAUCCAAUAGAUCUGGAUGCAAUACUAAAAAAUAUUAAAGCUCAUAAAUAUAGCAACCGAGAAGAUUUUCAAGCGGAUGUGGAACUUUUACUUACAAAUAGCCUCACUUUCAAUGGGCCCGAUAGCCAAUUCACAAAAAAAGCUAAAGAAAUAAUUGAAGCUUGUGAAACUUCAUUAAAGAAAUACGAUGAACAGCUCACACUUUUAGAAAAUGCUAUUAAGGCAUCACAGGAAGCUGCUUUAGAUGCUAUUGAAACAGAUUCUGCUAUGACUGGAAAUUCUUGUCUUCAGGAAGAUGGAUACAUGGAAAGUGAAGCUGGAGAAAAAUAUGACAACCAGUAUAGAGGGAAAGGAAAAGAUAAUGAAGACAUGGAAUUUGUAGAUGUGGAAGGAGAAGAUGAUGACGAAUAUGAUGAUGAGGAAGACGAAUCCGUUCUUCUUGAUCAUAAUUUAUUAGUUAAAUCAGAAAAUUCGUAUAAUGAUAAAUUGCAGUAUGAUAGCGAUAAUGAAAUACAACAGUUAACCUCUUUGGGUUCAGAUAGUGCUGAGAUGGUACAAUUUGAUUUAGCAUUAUGUGCUGAUCAAGAGAAUUCUGAAAUUAUUGAUGAAAAUUAUGAUCCAUCUGAGUUUCUUUUACAAGGCAGGUAUGGUUUUCAGCAAUCAAAAGAUGACGGUGCAGAAGAUAACGUCAGCAAUGAUUUAGUUGUCAGCGAUUCAGACGAAGAAUCAAAUCGAACAUCUGGUCAGUUAGAGCAAGAAAAUGAAGAAUUAUGGUUUUAGUUUGUAUCUCUAUAUUUGUGUAUUUUAAUCUUUUUUUAAAAAAAUAAGAUUGAAGAAAACGUCCCGUUUCCCUUGUAUUGAAGUGAUAAGUAAGUGCUAUAUUUUUUGGUAUUUGAAUCAAUUACCAUUUUUCAAAUUUGUGUGUAUAUGUAUAGGGUUUCCGGGUAUGUUUUGCUUAUAAGUAAUAUUUUUUUCGGCUCAGUAUGUAUUUGAAGAAAGAUCAUCGAGGAUGCGUCAUGAUAUUAAUUCAUAAUUUCACUUGCUGGUAUGUGACCUCAUGCAUAAACUAAAUUUGAUUGCAUGAUAUUAAAAUGAAUCAUAAGUUGCACAUGCAGGGAUUUUUCAUUGUAUUUUUGAAUCAUUAGUUCGUCCAUGGAACAUAUUUUUAAAAUCAUAUGAUUAGUAUUUCAAUAGCUUUCCAGAAUAUAAUAUUGUGAUACUUAGAAAUGAUUUUAAUAAUUUAGCUAGUUAAAUAUACGCUUAAUUACGAGAUUACUGUGGUGAGAAAAUGAAAGUUUUCCAUACUUUUAUAAAAACAAAUUAUUUAAGAUAUCGAGGAAUUAAUUAUUCUUUAUAAAAAAUUUUCGAUAGUUUUAAAAGGCUGGUAAAUAAAUUCGGUACUGUUCAGAUAUAAAAUAAGAAUUUACCAUAAAUUAAUAUGCUUUAAUCAUUGUCCUUUUCCUUUUUUUUUUCAAACAUUUUAUUUCAACUUUACUAAAUAAUAUUUAAUAUCUAGAUAAUGUUUAUUCAUCUGAUCAUUAUUUUUCAAUUCAGAAUGCCGUCUCUGACGAAUUGAUAUAUAAAUUUCUUUUUGUAUUUUGUGAAAAAUUAAUUGUUGGACGAAUUUUAGUGCAUCUCUACAAACAGUUUUUUAACUUUUAUAUAUUUUACUUUUAGGGUUUAAUUUU